CGCUUCUCUCACUGGCUCAGCCCCAGGUUUCCCACAGCACAGUCCCAGAGCUCUGGUGCCUUUGGGGAAGUUUUUCACGGUGUAAGAGCUUGAGCUGCUGCUCUUGGGAAUGGCCCUGGAGCAAAGGAGUCCCUGGGCUUUCCUCCCCUGCCAGUCUGUGCCCCCAUUGCAGCGCGGGUCCUUCCUCUGGGGUCUCAGGCUCUUCACUAGCUCCUGCAGAGCCACCCAAGCCUGCUCAUCUGGAGCUGUGGGAACCUCUCCGACAGCAAAGCCAUUCCCCAGGGAUGUUUCCCUCCCAUGCAAACAGAGCCCCAGGAGACACCUGGAAAGAGCCAGCUCUCUGCUCUGCUCCGAGGGGAUAAUGGCAUGGAUUGAAGGGCUCUGCUGCUCCCCACAACACAUCCCCCACUCUGCUCUUGGGAUGCCUAAACUUAGAGAUGAGCUCCUGCUGCUCAGGGUAACCUCUGUGCCUGUGUCUGUGCCCAGCUGCUGAUCUGCUCUCUUGGUGUUCUACAGUUCACUCAACUGUGCUGCAGACACGGGGAGAAGUAAUGGACAUGGAGCAACGCAGAGAGCUGAACACCAGCCCUGUGUUGAUCCUCAAGCCCAUGGAACCUUCACUGGGAGAUCAUGGAACUGCAACGCUUGUGGUUGCCCUGACCCAGAGCGCUGAGGGUGGUGUCAGCAGCCUGGAUAGCUCCAGAAGAAAUUCAUAUCCCCCUCAGCAUCUCUUGGGGCACGAAGGCAAAACAAGUGCUGGUGACCUGAGGGCCAAGGUCAAGAAGAAGCUGCACAAGGCAGAAAGCAUCAAGGCUGCAAGAAUCACUGUCCCACACCAGCCCCAGCCUGCCAGGCUGAAGCAUGUGGUGGAAAAGACACCCUCAAGCUGGCAUCAAGAGAAGAUGGAGUCACGUUUAUACUGGCAAGGAUUAAAGCCCUCAGCUGUAGCUGGUGGAUUAAAACAUGCUGACGAUCCCUCCAUCUCUGGACAACACAGAGAUGAGGAGGAAGAUCCAACUGCCAGGAAGUACCACGUCAGGACACACAAACGGCACAAGAAGAAGGACAGGCAGUAUUGGGUUGGACAUAAUCCGCUUUUCUACCAGGUGCUGAGCCCUGUGAAAGUGGAGCGAAGGUCCAGAUCUGCCCAGGGUCUAAACAGGGACGUGGAUUUUCUCUCUGACCCGUUGGUUCAGAGCCACCCCGCUGUGAGCAGCAGACGAGGAGCCACGGCUGAAGAGAAGCAUUCCUCCAUCGGCGGCCACCUCCUGCUCAUGCCUGACACCAGAGAGGAGGAAGACUCCAUGCUCCUCCAUAAACCUGUGAGACCCCGAAGUGCGGACCUUGCGCCAGUACUAAAAGACCUGGAAACCAAUGCUGAUCAUCACCAGCAGUUGAUGGAGGCACACAAAGGCCUGAAGACAUUCAUGGCCCACGUGGAGCGAGCCCUGAGGAGGGACUGCAGCCUGCCCCAGCUCAAGCAGGCCUGUGCCAAGAUGGUCAAAAAGACCAGGCUGCUUCUAAAGGUGCUCCAAGAGAGGCAAGAGAACCAGGGAGCCUAUGAUCCAAUGGAGCAGUGUCGUCAGCAAGAGAACAUGAUCAUUCACAUGGCCUUGGGGAAGGACAAGGGGCUCACAGGGAAGCAAAAACUGGAGGUUGUGGUGUACGUGAUCACAUUUCUGGUUUUGCUGUUUUUCUUCAUCUUGGUUUUCCUGAUACUGAAGUGUGUCUUCCACAAGCGCUCCCGACAGAGUGAACUUGACUCCCAGCCUGGCCACCCCAGGAAAUUGUUGCUGAGAAGGUUCUGUGCAAAACUGCCACAGAGAGGGAGGAAGGAUAACAAGGAGGCACAGAAUGUCUCCUCCAUGGACAGCGACUCUGAGGCUCCGUGGCUCCGUGGCCAGGAGUGGAGGCCGCCCUGCCGCAGGCGCUGCCGGAGCCGCCCCGGCCCGAGCUGCUGGCCCGCGCGUUUCCCCUCAGGCCGGGGCGGCCGCUGCCGGAGGCGCUGCCCGGAGCCGGAGCUGCCUGUGCGGCGGAGCGGCCGCGCUUCCCGGCCGGGCCGGGGCGCCUGUGCGGGCGCUGCUUGCGGGGCCGUGCCGGCCUCGCCAAAGCUGCCCGCGGCUCCCUUUGCGCGGCGGUCGCUGCCGGUGCCGGCGCGCUGA